AUGCGAGUGUUUCUCGCUAUAUCAGUUAUUUUAUAUGGAGCUAUAGGUCAGUUUUAAAUGUUGUUUUGGAAACUAUCAGAUAUUUUAGAUUGGGUUUUGUUGAGUUUCCCAUCUAGGGAAUAAGAAAGUUCCUAUGUUAUUCUUGUAAUUAUGAGGGUUAACUCAGAUCUGAAUAAACCUAAUUUUUGAAAAUACAAAAUCAAAUCGGUAGGCGAAGGUUAGAAAUCCAAAGUUAAAAUCGAAUAGGUCUCAAAAAUUAGUUCUAUAAUAGAACCAAUAAUAAAAAACCAUCACCGUUCCAAAUUUAGGGUAAAAUUUGUGAUCUAAUUUCUGUGAAAAGUAUCAAACAUGUUUUAGAAAAGUUCUUGAAGAUGGUCCACAAAAUAAAAUUCAAAACCAGCAAAGCAAUGUCCAAUGUAUGUAUAAAACUCUCUCCCUCUUCUAUUGAAUUCAUUUUUUCAGCCCAAAAAAUUGGAAUAAAUGUGCCAUGCAAUAAAGAUUUAGAUGGUUUAUUAACAGCUGAUCCAGAUGGUGAUGAACGUGCCUUUAUGAGUUGUCAGAGUGUUGGAGUUGGGUAAGAUACUUACAAUUAUAUUCCAUCUGAUAAUUUCUCCUAUUUUUUUCUUACAGAAACAUUGGUUUCUGGGAAAGAAAACUUUGCCCAAACAAUAUGGUUUUUGACUUCAUAAACCAACAAUGUAAAGAUGUAUCAAAGAAGGCGCGCAAACAGCAAACAUUGAGUAUUGGUUAGUUUUGAAGAGUCCAACUCUUUGAAGUUUUGGUAAAUGUUCAAAUUUCAGCAAUCCUUAACAAUUCAUGUGCAAAUGGUGAAACAUGUAUUGGUGGAUCUGUUUGCGAUUUGGAUAGCUUGAAAUGUAUGUGUCCAUAUGGAACUGUUCCAAAACUUGACACACUUUCUUGCGAAUCGGAAUCACCUCCAUUCGUAUCAGCAACUGUUGAUGGACCAAGUCAAUUGUUCAACUCGUUUAGCAAUUUCGGAUCAAGUCAACCAGAAUUCAAGCCAAAUAAUAAUAAUUUCAACAAUAAUCAAAAUCAAAAUCAAAACCAGAAUCAAAACUUCAAUUGGAAUCCAAACUUUAGCUGGAAAGGAAAUCAACAAAUCGUCACAACUAAUCAAAAUACUAAUAAUAAUAACAACAACAAUAAUGGUUGGUUUCAUAAUUCCCAAUAAGAAUUCAGAUUCAAUUUUAAUAAAAUUUAGAGUUCAACUCAUUCCAACCAAAUCCUAGUCAAGCCCAAAAGUUCGUCUUCAACUUCAAUAAAAAUUUGCCAACAAAUCCACCAAGCGAACCACAACCAACAUCACCAAAAGUUGCUACCCUCGGUUAGUUCAAGAUUUUCAAUGGUAACAUUACUAAUACAAACGUGGGUUUUCUUACACUCGGAACAGAAAACUUCAAUUUUUGGGAUUUGAAUUUCAGAUGAAAAUAUUGAAAAUAUUUUUUCAAAUGUUUUUCAAGUAAUCUGAAAAAUGUUUUAGUAAUGAAAUCAUACAGCUUAUUUUUCAACGUCAAGUUUUUCAGUUUCUAUUCACCAUUUUUAAAAUUUCAAAAUCUAACAUGGGUAUCUUUCAUCGAAUCAGUAAUGCGAUGCCCAAAGUGAAAAAUAUAGCAAAAAAAACGAGAAUAUAUCGUCAAAAGCUCGCCUUAUACUCGAAAUACAGAACAGAGAAACAGUGUGUAUAUUCGAGAGACGCAGAUACGAAACAGAGAAACAGUUUGUAUAUUCGAGAGACGCAGACAGCUAGACUUUUGACGAUAUAUUUUCGCAUUUUUUGUUAUAUUUUUUACUUUGGACACUGCAUUGUAACAUUUCACAGCAAAUAUCAUUUUCAAAUGUAUUCUUUCGUUCUCUAAUUUUUGAAAAACAUUAGAAUUUCUCUUAUUUGUUCAAAAUUCUAUCUCACAAAAAUAUUUCUUAAAAACUAUAUUGCACAUUUUCGGUUCUUCUUUCAUUUUUCUAUUUUCAUUCAGCUAUCCCGGGAGCUUCUUGCAAAUCAAACGAGAUUUGUGUUGGUGGAUCAAUCUGUACACUUCCAAUUGGAAUUUGUCUUUGUCCAGGAGAUUUGGAAGCUCGUGAUGGAGAAUGUGUUUUGCCAGCCGCCUCGACAAUUUCUGUUCAAAAGGGUGCAUUUUUGUUCUAUUUUCGGGGGGGGCACUUUUGGGUUUUAUAUUUUUAUUAGUUAUCAAUUUCAUUUUUGCACUCAUUUUUAUAUGCACGAAUUUCAUUUUAUGUUGGUUUAUUUUCAGUUGGUAUUGGAGCCAUUUGUUCGGAUUUGGCUGAAUGUGAUCACGGAAGUUCUUGUGUUAUGGGACGAUGUACAUGUGUCUCACCUUUAGUUCAGCACGAUGGAAAAUGUGUUCUCAAGCAACAACAAAAACUUGUUGGUGAGUUUGUAGAAAUGAGAAUGGUUGAUUUUAGUGAGAGAUAUAUGUAGAAUUGUGUUUGCCUGAAAUUUUACGGUUUUGGAUUCCAAAAAAAAACAUUUUAGGCUAAAUUUUGAAGUAGUGAAUUUUGAAUCCUUGACAAAGAUCAGCAUGAUUUCCGAGCUUCAGUUUUUUGAAAAAGCUUGACAAGCUUCUAAAUCGCGAAUAAAUUGAAAAUGUUUUUAUCACCAUUAAAAGUUACUAUAUCUCAAACAAGCUCUAGAAUGCCUGUGUAUUUUUGUGUGUUUGAUUUUUGUUGUCCCCCAAUGCAUUUAUCCACUAAAUUCCUAACCCAUUUUCACAGGUCCCGGCGAACUUUGCGACAAUGGCGAAAUUUGUGGAAAAGGAAGUGUGUGCGAUGUAAUGAUUCCAGUUUGUGUGUGUCCAGCUCAUACUGACCUCAAUAACGGCGAAUGUGUUGAAGUGACUGCGCCAAAAAUCGUCACCCAACCUGGUUUGUUUUUAAUUACAAGUUUUUAUGAUGGAAUGUUUUGAUGUUGUUGGUUUUCCUACUAUUCAUCGCAUCGUUUUCAAAUUCCACAAGAAAAUAUGAUUGAAAGAUAAGAGAUGAGAAAUUAUAAAAAAUCAAUAGAUCUAAUUUGAACUUAAGAGAUCCAAAUUUUUAGCUUGAUAUACUUUCUCGUAUCUCUUUUUUUUCAUUUCUGAAUUUCUGUAACCUUUAUUCAGUGAUGACACCGCCGCCAACUCUCCCACCAGUUCCAACGUUGCCACCACCAACAAGACCUCCACAACCGCCAGUCACACAACAUCAAACCCAUCAAACAUAUCAACAAGUUGUCUAUCAAACCACACCAGCACCAAUGCCAACUCUGGUUUAUCAAACAAUGCCGCCGCCAACCACUGUUAAACAACUUCCACCUCAACAACAAAUCUAUACCAGCCAUCCAAAACCAUCCGUCAAAAUUAAUCAAAUGAAAAUCGGUAAGAGAAUUUUAUUAAUGUCAGAAAUAUUGAGAUGAUCAUUUCGAUAUUUUUCAGGAGGAAGUAAGCAAGCUGGAGUUGGAGUCCGUUGCUCUUUGAAUACUGAUUGUAUGAUUGGAGCAUACUGUAAUGGAAAUACCAACCCACCAUCUUGUCAAUGCCUCUCAACACACGUUAAUAUUGAAGGUCGAUGUGAAAAAGGUUAGCGAUUUUUUUAUUUCUUCUAUUUUUCGGAAAUUAUUCUGUAUGCCAAUAUUUCUGUACGUGAAUGUAUGAAAAAAUGGGUUAAACUUCUCCUUUUAGUCAUCUAUCCUGGACAAGUUGGUUGUCGAAGUGAUUCUCAAUGUAAUGCCGCCUACACUGGAACUCAUUGUAUUGAUCGAAUUUGUGUUUGUCCUGAUGGUCAGAAGGCUGUUGAUCAAACUUGUGUUUCAGGUUACUUCUUUUUUUCCAAUUUUAUAAUUUUUCAAUUUUCCCUAUUAGCUUGUAAACAAAUCCCAACCCAAUUGCAGAAACCUCCCUACCUAACAAACCAUGUGGCUAUUCGCCAACUAAUCCUUGUUCCGCUGAAAGUGUGUGCUUUGAAAAUGUUUGUGUGUGUCCUGAUCGAUUCCUUUUUAACGAAACCUCGCUUGCGUGUCAACCUAAAGCUUUUAUUACCCCAAGUGAAUAUUGUGUUGCAUGUGAACUUCCCCGUCUGUGUGUUAAUGAUGUUUGCGUUUGUCCGGAUAAUAUUAUUUGUGAGGUGAAAAAUAUGAGAAAUAAGAGACAACAAGUUAUAACUUGUGAUAGUACAAUGAGUUGUCCGGUUCAUUAUGUUUGUGAUGGAUCAAUUUGUCAAUGUGAAUCAGAAGAAUAUGAUAUUGUAAGUUCUCUCCCAUCUAAAAAUAUUAACAUUUACCCCCUUAAUUCUAGAAUGGUAAUUGUGUUCCUCCACUUUCUAGUGGCGCAUUUAAAAACAUCAACAAUCAAUGUAGUUCAAAAGAUCGUUGUGCGGGAGGUUCGAAAUGUAAAGAUGAUUUAUGUCAAUGUGUUGAUGGAAGCGUUGAAGUCACUGGAAAGUGUAAACAAUUUCCUGGCGGCCAUUGUUCAAACGGUGAAAUGUGCUCCGCGGGAAGCAAAUGCUUUCUUGGAAUCUGUCGAUGUGAUCAAACACGUAGUUUGGAUAAUCAAAGAUGCGUUAAACGUAGUGUUCCGAUUGGUUCAAUUUGUCGACGUGGACAAGAAUGUCUUAAUGGUUCAAAAUGUCGGUUUGGUAUCUGUAUGUGUGUGUCAAAUAAAGUGGAUGUUCUUGGGAGAUGUGUUGAUCUUGUUCCUAAUCUUUCAACAUCCCUUCCGAUAACCACAACAACCACUAUUAUUUCUGAAGUUCCGGAAUAUAGUAUUAUUUCCGAAGCAAAUGAUACUGAUACCAUUAAACCUUCUAUCGCAAUGAAACCAGCAAAAUUAACACCUGGUAGCCUUUGCCAUACAACAUCGGAAUGCCCAUUCCGAACUAAAUGUGAAGAUGGAGUAUGUAGAUGUAAAAAAGGAGAAACGAUUAUUGAUUGGACUUGCAGAAGUGCAAUUCAUCAAGUAUCGCCGGGAUCAAAAUGUGAUCCUGCAAAUGGAUAUGAUUGUAUCGGAGAGUCCAUUUGUCAAUAUGGAGUUUGUAAAUGUAAAAAUCGAUUAAUCAGUGAUGGACAAAAAUGUGUAUCCGUAGAGAAAAGUUCACGAGUGAAACCUGGAAAAUCGUGUGCUAAUGGUGAAAGUUGUGGAGGAGGAUCAAAUUGUGCUAAAGAUUUUGUUUGUCGAUGUUCAACUGAUCAAGUUCCUGACGUUAAUGGAAAAUGCGUGAGAAAGACCCACGCGAUUCCAGUUUUCAAUAAAGUCAAACCACUAUCAACAAUUCUUCUAACUACAUCAACAACAACAAUGCCUCCAACUCCAAUUCCAACAACUAUUGAUUAUACAAACUUUGAGAAGAAAUUGAAUGAAUUAGAACGAAUGGAAAUGGAAUUCAAAAGUUUGAUACCAGUUGAAACUGUAAAACCAAGCGCGUUACCAACAAAAGCUUUAGCUGGACACAAAUGUCUCCAGAAUUCUGAAUGUCCAAGAUUCUCAUUCUGUUUUGCAAAUAUUUGUAACUGUAUGGCUGGGUUCAGAGCUCAAAAUGGAAUCUGUGAAUCAGCAAUCGCUGUUGGAGACAGAUGCAUCAGCUCAAAUCAAUGUGCAGAUAAUGCACAAUGUGUAUUUGGAAAAUGCGAAUGUAUCCCAGGAGAUAAUAUAAAAUGUAAAGGAACAUCUAUGGCACAUCCAGGACAAGAUUGCACUUCACCAAGGGUUAUUUGCAGUUUCAACAGUUAUUGUAGUUUGAUGAGUGGAGUGUGUGAAUGUCCAUCAGGAAUGAAUACACAAGGAAAAAGCUGUGAAAACACUUUUGAAGCUAUUGGUAAAGAUUGUGUGACAUCGAGAAAUUGCCAGAAAUCAAGUUAUUGCGAUAAUGGAUAUUGUGUUUGUAAAGAAGGACAUAAAAUUAAUAGUGAUGCUUGUUUGACAGAUAUUGAAGACUCUACAAUGAAUACAAAUGCAAUCAAAAGUUUUAGCAUUGUACCAUCACAGAAAAACAUGGGAGUUAAUACGCCACUACAAAACAAUAUGAAAUUUGAAUUCAAAGAGCUUCAACAAAUAGCUAACGAUGGUUUAUUUGAAACAUCAACCCUUUGGCCUCAACACAUAUCGUUCACAUUUACUCCACCGCCAGCUGCUCCAACAUUUGUUUUUCCCCAAGUUUUCUCCAGUUUUCCAAUCGCUUAUGGUGCAAAGACUGUAGCUGAAGAAGAAAAUAACAAUCAAACAACCAAAUUCAAAAUGGCAUUUCCUGGAGAAUAUUGUGGAACUGGAGAAGUUUGUCUAGGCAAUUCGGUAUGCAAAAAUCAAUUCUGUCGGUGUAUUCAAGAUGUGACUGCUGAAAAUGGGAUUUGUCCUCCACAAAUUGAUGAUUUGAGUGUUUUGGGAUUGCAACCACUCCCAAAAGAUGUGCGGUUUCAAUCACCAUCAAAUCGAGCAAAGAAAAUUGAAUUUCGCCGAGAUAUUGCAAAUCCAUUAGAAAACUGUCAGAAUAAUGAAACUUGCGUUAGUAAUUCAAGUUGUCAGGAAGUUGGAGGACUUGGAAAAAUUUGUCAAUGCAAUCAAAAUCUAUUUUAUAUGAAAGGAGAAUGCGUUGAAAUUGAUGAUUCAAUAACUCUUGUACCAAUUGAUGAAACUUGCGAUUCUGAAUCAGUAUGUACUUCUGGAAGUGAAUGUAUUGAUAGUAAAUGUAGUUGUGCUGAAGAUAAACAACAAAUUCUGGGAAUAUGUGUAACUACAGCAAGUCCUGGUGUAUCUUGUGAACUUGGAGAAAUUUGUAUAAACGGUGCGAUUUGUGGAGAUAAAAAUUGUGAUUGUCCCGAUGGAAGUAUGAAUGAUAAUGGAAAUUGUGUAGCUCUUCAAGAUGAAAAUGAGAUUAGCGGAGAUGUUAUAGAUUUUGAAGAAAUAACAAAUGAAAAGCAGGAAAUUGAAAAUAAUCAAAUUGAAAUGAAUAAUGAAGUUCUUGAAGACACAGAUGAUGAGAGAAAACUGGUUCGGAGAGAACUGGGAAUCAUAAAAUGUACCUUCGAUUCAGAUUGUUAUUCAAAUUUCCGAUGUGAAGAUAGUAUUUGUAUCUGUGAAGAUUCUCAAGAAGAUUGUCUCGAUACUGUUGCUCAAAAUUCAAAAACUGUGAAUCCAGGAAGUUACUGCGAUGAAAAACAAAAAUGUGCUCACGAUGCAAUUUGUUUCCGUAAUUAUUGUGUUUGUAGUUACGAAGAUUUACCAUUAGAUGAUCAUUGUGUUGCACGUGAUUGGCAUUUAGAUAUUGGUUCUGCGUGUAGUUUGACAUCAAGAUGUCGAGAAAAUCUUCAAUGUCUUGCUGGUAUUUGCAUGUGUAAAUUUGGUGAUUUGACUUGCAAUCGUGAGUGUUUUCCCCUUUCCUGCAUGUUUUUUUGUUGUUAUGAUUUGAGUAUUUCAUAUAGAUCAUAGUUAUUUUUAAACAAAACAUCUGAUUUUUUAGCAAGCGAGCCAGUAACUUCUCCACCAGGAGGUUCUUGUUCAAACCUUCGUGAAUGUACAGGAGGAUCAGUUUGUAAAGAAGGAUGGUGUAUUUGUCCAGAUGCAUCGAUGAUUGUUAAUCGUGGAGUUUGUAUUCAAUCUGGACCAAAACCAACUCUCCCACCAAAGGUACAUUUAGAAAAAUGUUGUUAUAACAAAAAUCUUUUACUCUUAUUCUAACUUUGUCGAUUUUUCAGCUUGUUAUGCCAGUUCACGUUCCAACUGUUACAAAAGCCCAACUUUUCGUGACUGAAGCGCCACAUGGAAAGAAAAUUGCGCCAGGAGGAAAAUGCGGUAUAAUUUUUUAAGAGACCAUUUUUCUUAACAUUUUUAUUUAGGACCACUUGAUUCGUGCGUCGGAGGUUCAAGUUGCUAUGAAGGAUUCUGUCUUUGCCCAGCAGGACAAUAUCCAAGUUCAAAUGGUCGUUGUGAAAAAACAACAACCACAACAACAUAUGCAACUACACGAACCCCAGGUACCAUUCCCACCACAAAAGCUACCACUGUCUUCACAACCACCACAACAACCGUCAAACCGUUUGAAAUGUUGACACCCCGUCGACCACCGGCAUCUAUUGAGAUACCAACGCAUGAAACACUAACCACUCAAUUUUUUGAACAGUUUUACCACUUUGGCACCAUCUUCUUCCACUUCCUCUUCAAUUUUUGAUGAGAAUGCAGCAGAAUGUCAUGCACUGGGAUUAAUUUGUAAGGGUAAUACAAUUUGUCGAAACAAAUCGUGCCAAUGUCCCGAUGGUUAUGUUCUUCAUCACGAUGGAUGUGUUUCACCGGAAGAAGCAGCAAAACGUAAAGCUAAAUCGAAAGCACGUCACGAAGGUUUGCUGUGAAAUAAGAGAAAUGUUUUUUAGAGAGUUUUGAUUGCCUGAGCGUGUUUGAAAAAUGUGUGAACCUCUGUGUGUUAACAAAAUGGUUAUCUUCCUAUUUGGAAUACUAUUGAUUGAAGACAAACUUUCAUAAAAAUGAGAUCCGCUCUUAAAAAUUUAUUUAUCUUGUUAAAAUGAAUUGAAAUUUUGAAAUUUCUUUCACAAAUCGAGAAUCUUUCAUUUUCCGAAUCAAUAAAUUCCGAAAAAAAUUAACUAUGAGUGAUAUGCAGUGUCCACAAAGAAUUUCCCACCGAAAUCACUUCACCAGAUACACUUUUUUUGAAAAAUGCAUAGAUUCACCGAACAUCGUUCACCAAACUUUCAGAUGUCAUUUUUUUCCCAAAACCAAUUUUUCCAGCUACUACUGCUCGAGUUUACUCGAAGCCAGGUGAAAGUUGUAGCUCGAACCAAACCUGUGUCGGAGGAUCAUCGUGCUCGUACAGAAAUAUUUGCGAGUGUCCACAAAACAAACCACAAAUUGAAAAUGGACAAUGUGCUGAAGCACCAAAGAAAGUUGAAGUUGUGCCAGGAGCAUCGUGUGAUGCAAAUAGCGUCUGUAUCAGAGGAAGCUCGUGAGUUUUUUUUUAAAUUAUUUAUUCAGUUAUGAUUGUGAUUUGAUUUUUAGAUGUGAAAAUGGACUUUGUCGCUGUCAACCUGGAUACAUUGCUGUUUCUGGUAAUUGCAUUCUUGUCCCGAUGUCUACAACUCCAAAAAUGAGUGUUAUCGCAAAACCACUUGAAUCUUGUGAAAAUGGAGAAACUUGUGAUGGUGGAUCGAGUUGCGAUAUUGAUACAGAGAUCUGCAUGUGUCCACCAGGUCAAAUUGUUUUCAACACAAAAUGUAUGUUGCCACCAACUCAAGCUGCACCAACAUUGCCAAAUCGAGUUGCGACGGUUGCAGUCAAAUCAACUUAUACUACAAAGAAGCCAUUGUUUGCAAGUAUGUUUUAUAUGUGAAAAAAUUAUUUUCCAAAGUUUCUGCUUUUUUUGAAGUCAUAGAAACAAUAGAAAAACAAUAUUCUUUGACAUAUCAAAACAAAAAUAAUUUUUCAGCUGACUGUGAGCAAGAUACUAAUUGUUCGGAAAAUAAGAUUUGUGUAUCUGGAAAAUGCAAAUGUAAACCAGGAUUCGUUGACAACUCCGGUGUUUGUGAACCACUCGAAGGUAAAUUUUACUACCCCCCAAAAAAAGUGUUUUUUUCUUGACGUGAUCCCAUGUGUGUAGUGUGAUCCACCCUUUCGUGAGACUAACCAAAACUUGCAGACAUCGACGCAAUCGAAAGACCUAUCCCCGUAUCAUAUGCCAAACAUAAAGUGGCAACACUUACCGAACGAAUGUUACCCAAAGAAGAGAUUGAGAGUGAUGUGUCACCACCAAGAACAACUACCACUAACCAACCAAUAAUAACCCCAUCAAGACAAGAAACACAAAAGCCUAGAAUUGUUGGGCCACCAAUUCGACGACCUAAACCAAAAAAUAAGAGUGGAAGUGGAGGAAGUUCAGGAGGAUCAGGUGGUCGAAGUUAUAAAACUGGUGGAAGUGGAAAUGGUAAUUGUCCACCUGGAAAUGAGCCAACACGAGAUGCUGGAAGUGGAAAUUUGAUUAUGUGUAAUGGACUUGAACCAAAUUGUCCGCCAAGAUCAUAUUGUUAUAUCACUUCUGGUGGUUUUGCUACCGAAGAAUAUAAUUGUUGUAAAUCCUGGUAG